CAGAUUCAAAAAAAUAAAUUGUUUACAUUUUUUAGCUGAAAGUAAUUAGUUGAAUAUUAUUUAAAUAAAACAAAAUGGAAGAAACUAAAGGAUUUUACGAUAUGUGUAUACCAUUUAAUAAGGAUGAAAAGAUUAUGAGAGAAAUGUGCAAAGAAUUAAUUGAAUUGGGUUAUAAAACUAUAGCCAUAGAGCAACAAUUUGAUCAUAGCAAAAAGGAAAAUGUUAAAAGAUCCUCGGAUAUAUUUCCCGAACCUGUGAAUAUCAAAUGGCUGCAGGAGGAGUUUAAGAAUAAAUUGAAGAUCUUGCAACGUUUAACUAUAAUCUAUGUGGAUGUGGCUGUGGCACAUGCCAUGGGUAAUUCUUUAAAUUUAAAGAAAUUUAAUUUAAUAGCCGGCCAGCCUAAAACAGAUGCUGCUUUGACGCAUUGUUGCACUACCUUUAAUGGUGAUAUUGUUACCUUUGACACUAAUGCUGGUAUACGCCUGAAUGUUAACCGCAAAGCCUAUCAAGUGGCUGUUAAGCGGGGUGUCUUUUUUGAAAUCAAAUAUUCUCCCUUGAUAGCUGAUUCCUCCUGCCGCAAGGAUAUGAUUAAGGUGGCUCAUAAUUAUUUUGUUAAGGGUAAAUCAAGAAGUAUUAUUAUCUCCAGUGGAGCUACAAAUGUUUUUGAGUUAAGAGGACCUUAUGAUGUGGCUAACUUAUCUUUUAUUUUUGGCCUAUCGGAAGACCAGGGCAAAUGUGCUAUAGAUCGUUUUUGUCGUCAAUUGUUUUUGAGAGCCGAAUCUCGGCGCGUUGGUAAAACAGUUAUGUUUGUUAAGGCUUCGGGUCCAGUGGUAUUUUCGGAUUCCUCCUCCGACAGUGAUAUCGAUGAGGAAGAAGUUGCAAUAGAUGAUCAGUCAAAUAAAAUGGAAACUGAUGAUCUUAUUAAGUUUUCAAAGGAUUCAGAAAGCGAUGCGAAUUCAGAUGUCAAUGAAAAUAUAAAAGAACAACCUAAUAAAAAGAAAAAAAUGUUUUAAAUA